AUGUCUUUCGGCAAAGAUUAUGGUUUAGAUGUUCGUAUUGUUGCUGAAAGUGGCGAAGAAAUAGAAAUUUUUGGCGAUGGACAGCAAACUCGUUCUUUUCUCUAUAUUGAUGAUUGUCUGGAAGCCAUAAGAAAACUAAUGGAUUCAGAAGAUUUUCGUGGUUCGGUAAAUAUUGGCUCUGAGGAAAUGGUUUCAGUUAAUCAACUAGUUCAGUACGUGUUAGAAAUUGCUAACAAAAAGUUGCGAAUAAAGCAUAUUAGCGGACCAUUGGGAGUUAGAGGAAGAAAUUCCGAUAAUAAAUUGAUUAAAGAAAAGUUAGGAUGA